UUCCCUUCACUUUUCAGCGUCACAUUUUCUUCAACUCUCUGGAGUCUAGACAUCGCUCGUUUAAAUUCCCCGCCACUCUUCCGACCAGUCUGUCCUCACCGGCUUCCACCGCCGCCGGACACUAGUUUUUUUUUUCGCCAUGCACUUCUUUGCCACUUAAUUUUGACUCGCUUUUCUUCUUUAGGUACUGAGUAACUCCGUCACUACCAUUACCGGCGUUGAGCAAACUGAUUUUAUAUGAGAGUUUAGGCGCCAUAGGCCUAGGGUUCAGUUGGUCAGCUGCGGUUGUUUUUUGAUUUCUUGGUUAAUUUUGCUGGUUUGAUCUUGAAAAUUGUUGGAAAUGAGCGGCUCUUCAAGUGAAGACGCGAGCAAUACGCUGCGUAUACUGGUUGCUACUGAUUGUCACCUUGGCUAUAUGGAAAAGGAUGAAAUACGCAGGCACGAUUCGUUUCGGGCAUUUGAAGAAAUAUGCUCCAUUGCGGAGCAAAAACAGGUCGAUUUCUUACUCCUUGGUGGUGAUCUGUUUCAUGAGAACAAACCCUCCAGGUCAACCUUAGUAAAAGCUAUGGAGAUUCUCCGUCGUUAUUGCCUUAAUGAUCAGCCUGUGCAGUUCCAAGUAGUCAGUGAUCAGACAGUGAAUUUUGCCAACUCAUUUGGUCAUGUAAAUUAUGAAGACCCCCAUUUUAAUGUUGGUUUGCCAGUUUUCAGCAUUCAUGGAAAUCACGACGAUCCUGCUGGAGUGGACAACCUUUCUGCUAUUGACAUACUUUCGGCGUGCAAUCUUGUGAACUACUUCGGAAAAACGGUCCUUGGUGGUUCUGGAGUCGGACAGAUCACCCUCUACCCCAUUCUUAUUAGGAAGGGUUCGACUUCUGUUGCCCUUUAUGGCCUUGGGAAUAUUAGAGAUGAACGCUUGAAUAGAAUGUUCCAGACACCACAUGCAGUACAAUGGAUGCGACCUGAAGCUCAAGAAGGUUGUCAAGUAUCAGACUGGUUCAAUAUCCUUGUACUUCAUCAAAACAGAGUGAAGACAAAUCCUAAAAAUGCCAUAAAUGAGCAUUUUCUACCACGGUUUAUGGAUUUCAUUGUCUGGGGCCAUGAACAUGAAUGUUUAGUUGACCCUCAGGAAGUUCCGGGUAUGGGAUUCCACAUUACUCAACCAGGUUCUUCUGUUGCUACAUCACUAAUUGAGGGUGAAUCAAAACAAAAGCAUGUACUUCUUUUGGAGAUUAAGGGAAAUCAAUACCGCCCAACAAAGAUUCCACUGGCCUCGGUCAGGCCAUUUGAAUAUACCGAGGUUGUAUUGAAGGAUGAACCUGAUAUUGAUCCUAAUGAUCAAAAUUCAAUUCUUGAGCAUUUGGACAAAGUGGUGAGCAAUCUGAUAAAGAGGUCUGGCCAAAAGGCUGUUAACAAGUCAGAACUCAAGCUUCCUUUAGUUCGAGUAAAGGUAGACUACUCUGGUUUUAUGACGAUAAAUCCUCAGAGGUUUGGACAGAAGUAUGUGGGGAAGGUUGCAAAUCCCCAGGAUAUUCUCAUAUUCUCUAAAAUUUCAAGAAAAGACCAGAAGGAAGCUAAAAUUGAUGAUUCUGAGCGUCUUCGACCAGAAGAACUAAAUCAGCAAAACAUUGAAGCUUUGGUUGCCGAGCAUAAUCUGAAAAUGGAGAUUCUUCCUGUUAAUGACUUGGAUAUUGCAUUACACAACUUUGUUAGCAAAGAUGACAAAAUGGCUUUUUAUUCUUGUGUCCGGUACAAUCUUGAAGAAACUCGUAACAAAAUUGCACGGGAUUCAGAUUCGCUGAAGUUUGAUGAGAAAGAUAUAAUUGUCAAAGUUGGAGAAAGUUUACAGGAACGAGUCAAAGAAAGAGCCUCUCAGACAAAAGAUACGCUGCAGUUUACAUCUUCUGGACAACUGUUGGAAGACAUGGGAAAUACUGGAGUUGGAAGUGCAGUUUCCUUUAGUGAUGAUGAGGACACCAGUGUGUUGUCUAGUUCAAAGGCCAGGACAAGAGGGUGCAAAGAUGCUUCUGAUGUUGGUAAGACUACCUCCAGAGGCAGAGGACGAGGGAGAGGGAGAGGCAGAGGCAGGUCUUCUACCAACUUAAAGCAAACAACCCUUGAUGUGGCUAUGGGGUUGCGCCAGUCGCAGAGAUCCGCAUCAACUGCAGCAAUGGCAUCCGUGCGGACCAUCGCUGAAGAUGAGGAGAAUGUGGUUUCUUCAAGUGAUGAUGGAGCAGAACAUUGCAUAAAUGACAUCGAAAAUAGUUCGGAAGAAAAAUCUGUCCGAGGCAAAGGACAGAAAAGAGCUGCUCCAAGGGGAAGGGGUAGAGGUUCUACAACAGCCUCUAAAAGGGGAAGGAAAUCAGAUAACGCGUCUUCUUCAUUUCACAAGAUGCUCAUGAACAGAGAUGACGAUGACGACGAUGACGAUGACGAUAUGGCAAAGAAAAAUAGAUCUCAAACUCGGGCCACAAGGAACUAUGGUGCUUUGAGAAGGUAAUUGUCAUUGAGGCGCCUCCUGGACAUGGAUGCAGGCUUCCCCCAUCUUUAUUUAAUUUUCAUGUAUUUGUACUUAAAACACCAGAACAGUGUGAGUGAGAAUUUUGUUGUGGAAACCGGAGCUGUACAUAUGUCUUCGGUCCAACUUUUCCGCUAGAUAUCAUUGUACUGAUAGUAAUGGAAAAUCCGCUUGUGAGGCCUUCUAUUCUCAGAACUCUGGGAGGUUGUUUAGAUUAAACAACGCUAGAGAUCACCUAUUGCAGUACAUAAUUUCUAUUGCUUUAAAAUGCAGUUACAUCUAUAA